GGAGGAGAGGUUGUGUCAGGUGGAAACGGGGACCUCGAUGGAUAUCAUCAUCUCCCUCCACCGGCUCGCAUCCUCAGCACCGACAGCAUCUCCCGGCCGGCGGUCACCGCUGCGGGCACACAGCGCACUUUUUAUGCGCCAAAGCGUUGCAUUUCCACGGUAGAGACUCCCGGGGCUGCUUCUGUAAUCACACUGACAACCCGCUUCUUCCUGUAAUAAGGACUAAUCGAGGGAAGACCCAGCUGGAAUAAAAGCGGAGCGUCAGUUCCUCCAUUGAUAAACCGCUCUCCUCAUCGAUUCAGCCCAACGACGUCUUGGUAUAGGAGGAGGACAAAACCAAUCCAAAAAACUGACACUAAAGCUGAAGGGCGUCGGGCGCGAUGGCUAAUGCCUCCCCAGACCUGGACAACGCGGAAGCCCAGCGCCAGCUCAACAACAACAACCGACCAAGCAGCUCGGGAUUCUGGGAGACAGAGUGUACCAGCUCCAAGCUGUUCGAGUGCUCCCGCAUCAAGGCCCUGGCAGAUGAACGUGAUGCGGUGCAGAAGAAAACCUUUACCAAGUGGGUUAACUCCCAUCUGGCCAGAGUGUCCUGUCGCAUAGCUGACCUCUACAACGACCUGAGGGAUGGAUACAUGCUCACCAGACUGCUGGAGGUCCUCAGUGGAGAGCUGCUGCCGAGGCCUACACGAGGUCGUAUGCGGAUCCACUGCCUGGAGAACGUUGACAAAGCUCUCCAAUUCCUUAAAGAACAGAGGGUUCACCUGGAAAAUGUUGGUUCCCAUGACAUUGUGGAUGGAAACCACCGCCUCACCCUGGGCCUUAUGUGGACCAUCAUCCUACGCUUCCAGAUCCAGGUGAUCAAAAUAGAGACAGAGGAUAACAGAGAAACCCGCUCUGCCAAGGAUGCCCUGCUGCUCUGGUGCCAGAUGAAGACCGCAGGGUACCCUGAGGUCAACAUCCAGAACUUCACCACCUGCUGGAGAGACGGCCUCGCCUUCAACGCCCUCAUACACAGACACAGACCUGAUCUUAUAGAGUUCCACAAGCUGACGCGGUCCAAUGCAACCCACAACCUCCAGCAAGCCUUCAACAUCGCUGAGCAGCACCUGGGCCUCACCAAACUCCUGGACCCUGAGGAUGUGAACACAGAGAACCCAGACGAAAAGUCCAUCAUCACCUAUGUGGUCUCCUACUACCACUACUUCUCCAAGAUGAAGGCUCUUAUUGUGGAGGGCAAAAGGGUUGGCAAGGUACUAGACAACUGUAUUGAGGCCGAAGAAAUCGUCAACCGCUAUGAGGCUCUGGCGUCAGACCUGCUGGACUGGAUAGAAAAGACCAUCGCGGUCAUCAGCAACCAGAAGUUUGCCAACUCGCUGACCGGAGUUCAGCAGCAGCUACAGGCUUUUACAACCUACUGCACCAUAGAGAAGCCCAUCAAGUUUCAGGAGAAGGGGAAUCUUGAGGUCCUUCUGUUCACCAUCCAAAGCAAGCUCAGAGCCAACAACCAGAAACCCUUUGUGCCUCAUGAUGGGAAGCUCAUCUCAGACAUCAACAAGGCCUGGGAGAGGCUGGAAAAGGCGGAACAUGAGAAGGGUGUGGCUCUGCGUAAGGAGCUGAUUCGUCAGGAGAAGCUGGAGCUGCUGGCUCAGUGCUUUGACCACAAAACCACCAUGAGACAAGCCUGGCUGAAUGAGAACCAGAGACUUGUAUCACAGGACAAUUUUGGCUAUGACCUUCCAGCAGUCGAGGCAGCAAUGAAGAAACACGAGGCCAUCGAGGCGGACAUAGCCUCGUAUGAAGAGCGGAUUGGCGUGGUGGUGGAACUUGGUGCAGAGAUGGAGGCAGAAGGAUACUACGACAUACGGCGGAUCUUGGCACGAAAGGAAAACAUCCUGGGCCAGUGGAGUCUGCUGAAGGAGCUGGUGGCUGGGAGGAGGACCCGGCUAGAGAAGAACCUCGCCCUGCAGAAGACUUUUCAGGACAUGGUCUACAUGAUCGACUGGAUGGAGGACACACAGGUCCAGCUUCUGUCCAAGGACUUUGGGAAGCAUCUUUUGGAGGUGGACGACCUGCUGCAGAAACACAGCCUGCAGGAAGCCGACAUCACAGUGCAGGCUGAGAGGGUCGAGACACUCAACACCUCUGCACUCAAAUUCACCACGAUAGAGGGUUACCAACCGUGUGACCCACAGGUGAUCUGUAACCGUGUCAACCAUGUCUCUACCUGUCUGGAGGAGCUGAAACAACUGGCAGCUAAAAGGCGCGAGGAGCUUGAGGAGUCGAGACAACUGUGGGCCUUCUUUCAGGAGCUGGAGGAGUCGGAGGCCUGGAUCAGAGAGAAGAGCUCCAUCCUGGGAACUCAGGGUUAUGGGAAGGACCUGAGCAGUGUGCUGAAGUUACUACAAAAACACAAGACUCUGGCUGGAGAACUGCUGGCUCACCGGUCGCUGCUGCAGAACACCAUGAAACGAGGAAAGCAGAUCCUGAGUGAGAAGAGCUUUGGCACGGCGGGGAUCCAGGAGCGCAUCAUGGAGGUGAAGGGCGAGUGGAAGAGGCUGGAGGACCAGGCCGCGCAGCGUCUUGGCCACCUGCAGGAGGCGCUAAACUUUUUUCAGUUCUCCACGGAGACGGACGACCUGGUGGCUUGGCUGCAGGACGCUUACCGCCUGGUCUCCAGCGAAGACUUUGGACACGAUGAGUACUCCACCCAGUCCCUUCUGAAGAAACACAGAGGGGUCAGCGAGGCCAUCGACAAACAUCGUCUGCAUGUACUGGCACUGCGCAAACACAUGGUGGCGCUGCCUCUGCGGUACCGUGAUCAGGAGGAGGUGCAGAUGCGUAUGGGAGAGGUGGAGCAGCUGUAUACCGAGGUGGCCGAGGUUGCAGUGCUCAGACAGCAGUGGCUUCAUGACGCCCUCGCCGUCUACCGCAUGUUCAGCGAGGUCAAUGCCUGCGAGCUGUGGAUUGAUGAGAAGGAGCAGUGGUUGGACAAGAUGGAGAUCCCAGAGAGACUGGAGGAUGUGGAGAUGGUGGCACACAGGUUUGAGAGCUUGGACCAGGAGAUGAACAGCCUGAUGGGAAGGAUCCUGGACGUUAACCAGAUAGUUCAGCAGCUCCUGGAUGGAGGUCAUCCGUCCUCUACAGAGGUCAGAGGAUGUCAGGAUCACCUCAACUCCAGGUGGAACAGCAUUGUGGAGCUGGUUGAGCAGAAGAAAGGUCAGCUGGACUCCAUGUUACGCCUGCAGAACUACCUGCUGGAGUGUGCCGAGAUCAAGUCCCAGAUCCAGGACAAGAGAAAAGCCAUCGACGCCACUCAGUACAUGGGCAGCGACCUGGGAGGAGUCAUGGCUCUGCAGAGACGCCUCUCCACCAUGGAGGGGGCCCUGUCUGUCCUGGAGCCCAAACUACUGCAUCUCCAGGAAGAGGCGGAGCAUAUGGCCACCGCCCACCCUGGUCGGGCCAUGGAGGUUCUCGUUCCGUUUGAUGGCAUCAGUGUGGAGUGGGAGGAGCUGAAAUGCACCCUGCAGGGCUGUGAGGACUCGCUGACGGUGGCUAGCAGGCUGCAGAGCUUCAUUCAGGACCUGGACUCUUUCCUCACCUGGUUGGUCCAGACGCAGACGGCCGCCGCCUCAGACCAGCUGCCCAACAACCUAGAAGAGGCCGAGAAACUCAUCAACAAACACGCUGCCCUGAAGGAGGAGAUUGGACGGUAUGAAGAGGACUACGAGCGCCUGCAGGCCAUGAACGAGCUGCUGGAGUCCGAUGAGGCUCCUCUUCCUCAGGCCGCCCUGCAGCAGUGGCUCCAGAAGCUCGAUGUCGGCUGGAACAAACUGCUGGAGAUGUGGGAGAGCAGGAGAGAAGUUCUGGUCCAGGCUCACAUUUUCCAUCUGUUCCUGCGAGAUGUCAAACAGGCCGAGUCCUUCCUCAACAACCAGGAGUCGGCCCUCGCUCACGUGGAGCUGCCCACCACGGUGGAAACAGUCGAAGCCGCCAUAAAGAAACACAAGGACUUCACCACCACCAUGGAGCUGAAUCUGCACAGGAUCAAAGCUGUGAUCGAGGCUGGAGAGAGUCUGAUCAGCCAGAGCAACAUCUACUCUGAACGCAUCAAGGAGCGCAUCGACACCCUCGCCAACAGGGGAAACCAGAACAGAGAGCUGGCCCAGCAGUGGCUGGACAAACUGAACGACCAGUGGGAACUUCAGAGGUUUCUUCAGGACUGUCUUGAGCUGGGGGACUGGGUGUGUGAGAAGAUGCUGAUGGCGAGGGACAGCAGCCGAGACGAGACCCAGAAGCUUCAUAAGAAAUGGCUGAAGCACCAGGCCUUCAUGGCAGAGUUGGCCCAGAAUAAGGAAUGGCUGGACAAAAUUGAAAAGGAGGGUCAGCAGCUGAUCCAGGAGAAGCCGGAGCUCAGCCAGGUGGUCCGGAUGAAGCUGGAGGAGAUCAGAGAGUGCUGGCAGGACCUGGAGAGCACCACCCAGGCCAAAGCCCGCCAGCUCUUUGAGUCCAACAAGGCCGACCUGCUGGUGCAGAGCUACGAAAGCAUGGAUCAGAGACUUGGCCAACUGGAGUGUCAACUGGCCUAUGUGGACCAGGGACAGGACCUCACUACUGUCAACAAGCAGCUCAAGAAACUACACACCAUGGAGAGCCAGAUGGAGGAGUGGUAUAAGGAGGUGGGGCAGCUCCAGGUGCAGGUGGCCUCCAUCCCACAGCAGACACAGAUCAAGGAGACGGUUGCAGAGCGUCAAGCCGUCGUAGAGGCCAGGAUGGUGCGUCUGAUCGAGCCACUGAAGGAGAGACGACGCAUCCUGCUGGCGUCCAAGGAAGUUCACCAAGUCGGACGAGACCUGGAGGAUGAGAUUUUGUGGGUCCAGGAGCGCCUCCCGAUGGCCAUGUCUCAGGAGCACGGCUCCUCUCUGCAGGCCGUCCAGCAGCUCAUGAAGAAGAACCAGACACUUCAGAGGGAGCUCCAGGGCCACAGGAGCAGGAUCGACGAUGUACUGGAGAGGGCGGGUAUCAUCGCUUCCAUACGCAGCCCAGAGGCCGACUAUGCCAGGGCGGGCCACGACCAGCUGGCCCAGCUGUGGGCUCUGCUCUGGCACGAGACUGAGAGAAGGCAGCUGGUCCUGGACGCCAUGUACCAGGCCCAGCAGUACUACUUUGACACAGCCGAAGUGGAGGCCUGGCUGAGCGAGCAGGAGCUGCACAUGAUGAACGAGGAGAAGGGGAAGGACGAGCCGAGCACACUGCAGCUGCUGAAGAAACACUUAGUCCUGGAACAGACCAUCGAGGACUACGCUGAGACCAUCGGCCUGCUGUCACAGCAAUGUCGACAGCUGCUGGAGAUGGGGCAUCCAGACUGCGAGCAGAUCAGCAAGCGUCAGUCGCAGAUCGACCGUCUGUACGUGUCUCUGAAGGACCUGGUGGAGGAGAGGAAGAGCCGCCUGGAGCAGCAGUACUGGCUCUACCAGCUCAACAGGGAGGUUGACGAGCUGGAGCAGUGGAUCGCUCAGAGGGAGGUGGUCGCCAGCUCGCCUGAACUGGGUCAAGACUAUGAGCAUGUCACUGUCCUGCAGGAGAAGUUUACAGACUUUGCAUCAGAGACGGGCAGUGUGGGACAGGAGCGAGUGACAGCCGUCAACCAGAUGGUGGAUGAGCUCAUUGACUAUGGCCACUCAGAGGCGGCCACCAUCGCUGAAUGGAAAGAUGGGGUAAACGAGGCCUGGGCCGACCUACUGGAGCUCAUGGAGACCCGGGCGCAGAUGCUCGCCGCCUCACACCAGCUGCACAAGUUCUUCUCUGACUGCAGAGAGGUUUUGGCCCAGAUUGAGGACAAACAUCGAAGGCUGCCGGAAGUUCGAGCUCGGCAGGGCAGCACUGCCAACACCAGCACCCUGCAGAGACUCCUGCACAGCUUUGAACAGGACAUACAGCUGCUGGUCACACAAGUGCGUCAGCUGCAGGAGAGUGCCGCGCAGCUGAGGACGGUGUAUGCCGGCGAGAAGGCUGAAGCCAUCGCAUGCCGCGAGCAUGAAGUGAUGCAGUUCUGGAAAGAGCUGCUGACGUCCUGCGAGGAGUGUCGAGUACAGAUUACCACUGAGACGGACAAGCUGAGGUUCUUCGGCAUGGUCCGAGAUCAGAUCACGUGGAUGGAAUCGAUCAUCUGUCAGAUAGGGACAGGAGAGAAGCCCAGGGAUGUGUCUUCAGUAGAGGUGCUGAUGAAUUAUCACCAUAGUCUGAAGAGCGAAGUGGAGGCUCGCACCCGGAGCACCCUGGACUGUAUCGAGAUGGGCAAAACUCUGCUGGCUGCUAGAAACCCAGCAGCUGAAGAGAUCAAGGAGAAGCUGGACAAGGUGAUUACUAAGCAAUAUGAGCUGUCUGAGAAGUGGGACAAGCACUGGGAAGUCCUACAGCAAUUGUUGGAGGUUCACCAGUUUGCUCAGGAGGCUGUAGUGGCGGAAGCGUGGCUGACCGCUCAGGAGCCGCUCAUCAGCAGCAACGAGUUUGGCGCGAGUGUAGACGAGGUGGAGCAGCUGAUUCGUCGACAUGAAGCUUUCCGUAAAGCAGCCGCUACCUGGGAGGAGCGAUUUAGCUCACUGCGACGACUCACCACGGUAGAAAAGUUGAAAGCAGAGCAAAGUAAACUACCCCCGACCCCUCUGCUUGGUCGUAAAGUCUUCCUGGAUCCCCAAGAUGCCUUACCCAGUGCGUCCACCCUCCCCCGUCUCCCGCUCUCGCCUGUCAUGAGACAGACAAUCUAUGAGCAGAACGAAGCCAAUUCUCCUCAGUCGCCCUCACCUGCCACGCCUACACCCUCUCCUUCAUCUGUGGCUCGACGGCUGGGGUCUACAGUCGCUAACUACACACCUGUGAUGAAUGGCUCCAGCUACCGCAACACUCUGGAGGCGCGGCACGGUGGCGUAGUGGGUGUGGCUGCAGGACUAGGCCAGCCCGCACCUUUCUCGAUCGCCUCAGUUGCCACGGCGGCCAUGCUGGUCUCGGCCAACCAGGUGCGAGAGAGCACCAGCACAGCGAGAGACCAAGCGACAAAGGUGAUGAGUCACCUCCAGCCAGUACAGGCGGCGAGGACACUGGAUGUGAAAUCGUCCCCAUAUCUACGGCAACCCAAAAUCAAACACAUGGAUGAUGCGGUGACGCCACUGAUCGUGGCCAGCAGGCUAGAGAAAGCGAGGGAGAGGGAGAGGGGGAGGGAGAGAGAGUUGAUGAUGGGAGAGAUAGGGACGGAAAGAGCGGAGGUGGCUGUGAUGGCCGAGGUGGUGCUCCAGGAGCCAGGCCGGGAGCGCCUACAUAGCGAACCCACCAGAGGGCCUCGGGGGUCCAGGACUGACCCGUUGGGCCAGGCUGAGCCUCAGGUCCACACCCACGGCCACCACAGGAUAGAACGGCAGCUGUCCAGUGAGCAGCUGAUACAGGCACGCAGGGACGAGCUGCCUCAGGAGGUGUGGAGGGAACAGGCCGAGAGGCGGGAGAAGCGGACGCUGGAAAGGCAAACGUCCAGCGAGCAGGAGGGCCUCGGGGGCCACGAGGGCCGGCGGAGAGAGAGAGACCGACACCGGCUGGAGAGACAGGAAUCCAGUGAGCAUGACACCGGGAAAGAGCACUCUGACAAACGCUCAGGAGGAGGAGAAAAGAGAUCCACCAUGGCAGAGAUUGUAGAGCAGCUGCAAGAAAGAGAAGCAGCACAGGCCCGCGGUGAGGUGCCCCGCCUACCUAACGGGGUACCAGAGAAGUCUGGCAAACAAACACUCGACAGGCCUCGAGCUCGGGACAGACCAAAACCACGCCGUCGACCACGUCCCAAAGAGCAAGGAGAGACUACACGGCGGUCCAGGUCCGCUCCGGCCCAGAGCAGCCCGACUGUCCCCCAGCAGCCAACACACACCGCACACCACGAGGGCUUCCUUUUCCGCAAGCUGGACAUCGAGACCCUGAAGAAAAGCACCAAUAGGUCAUGGGUCAACCUGUACUGCGUGCUGAACAAAGGGGAGAUGGGUUUCUACAAGGACGCCAAGAACACCACCACGUCCUACAACAACGAGCCGCUGCUCAACCUCUCCCACUGCCACUGCGACGUCACCAACGGCUACAAGAAGAAGAAGAAUGUCUUCACGCUCAAAACUAAGGACGGCAGUGAGUUUUUAUUUCAUGCAAAAGAUGAGGACGACCUCAGAGUGUGGGUGACCAACAUCACCGCCAGUAUUACGGAGUACGAGGAGAUUGCCAAAUGGGGUCAGCCCCAACCAACUACCUCAUCCACCGACGAGGGCACGCGGCGCGACGGCAGCAAGGCGGACAACAGGUCAGAGCGAGGCGGCGAGCGCUCGGACCGGGCGGAGCGGAUCGAGCAGGCAGAUAAAGAAAAUGAGAAAGAGAGGGAGAUAGACAAGGAGAAGGAGAGAGAGAGGGGCGAACGGUCGGAGAAGUCAGAACGCGGCGGGAAGUCGGAAGCGAAGCGCUCGGAAAAGUCCGGUAAGAAAAAGUGAGCCGGGUGACAGAUCGGUCGGGAUUGAAUCGUAUGAACUCCGGAUAGGAGGCGGGGCUGUAGACUGGUAGUGAACGCCCCCCUCCUUCUCUCCGCCUCCAACACUGUCAACUAAGCGGUUGUGUUUGGAUGGGAAGUGACACACAGGACAGAAGGACUGACCCAGGCUCACUCAUAGGACGGACUGGACGGACUUGGAGCAGGAGACAUCUCUCUUUCUCUCUCUCCCUCUCUCUCUUUUAUUCUUCUUCUUCUGUGUCUCUGUGAGAACCACAGAGUCACUGACGCUCCGCCUACGCCC